AUGGUUGGACCCUUUAUGCAGGGCCUGUUUUUGAUUGGCAUCAUCUAUUGGUAUUCCAAGGGAAUGAUGUCCAUGAUCAACGACUAUUAUAGAAGUGAAUUUCAGCGGAAAUUGCAAACGGAACCAUCGAAGCCAAAAACGGAAGUACCCAUCAAUGUGGACAACUUCAUGGAUUAUGUUAGGGAGUUGGACUCUCCAGAGGAGUUGGCUAGAAACCCAAUGGAUAGUGAUGUAGCUUCUCCACAAAGGAAGCCCUACAGCCAUAUUUUGUUAAGAUUUCUGGAAAUCACCGGCACUCUACCAGCUUUUGAUGUUUGUCUCAGCACGAGCAACAUAAGAUAGCUUAUACUAUAACCAUAAAGUUAAUACAUUUAGUGUUUUAUAUAUGCCCUUAGUAGAAGUGAAUUGCAUACUUAUAGGUUAAACUAAAUAUGUACUUUAAACUUUAAAUAAAAUAUUGCCAAACAA